CUCUGACGCUGUACGUAGAAGUAAAUAUUUACACAUAUUGAAAGCAGAUUGAUAAUUUCUCCUAAUUUUGUAUUGAAGACAAAUUAAAUAUUUGAGAAAAUUUUGGAUUAUGGCUAAUUCGGAUGCUUCUCAGCUUCGAAGAAGAAAUCGUGGAGCAAAUCAAGAGGCAGUUUCUGUUAAUCCCAAUGACUGGAAUGCUAAUAUACCAACCUAUCCUUAUAGGUCUGGCGCAGAAUAUGCUGCCGCUGUAAAUCAGUGGCUUUGGCAGUGCUAUAAUUUGCAGUAUCUAACAGCUUCUAUUCCAUAUUUAAUGUCACAGUCAGCAUGCCGUAUUAAUAAUCCAGAUGGGACCACUGAUUUCAAUAGAAACUUUCCAAAUGCAUUCUUCCCCAAUCAGAAUAUCUCUGCUCCAGAGCCGGCACGACCCCGUGUUACUUUUCAAAAUGUCCCAGAAUCUGAAUCUCAGCAGUCAGCAGGUGUAGUUUACAUCUUACCAUCUGUUUUUAAAAGAUUUGUGGCUGAAGUCAUUGACUUCAUUCUUCUUUUGAUUAUAAAAGUAAUGUUAACUUACAUUGCAGUGGACUUUUUUGAUCUUGUAUUUUUCUCCUUUUCUAGCAACUUGGAUAAAUAUGAUUUCGACUUGAUACGGAAUGAUCAGUUGGAUUAUCAAAUUGCAAUGGAGGUGACAUCAGAAAUUGUAACUCUGGAAAUCGUUCACAGAUCUAUAGUUUGCGUUUUUGAAGCUUUAUUCACUCAAAGAAAGAAUGCUGCAACUCCUGGCAAAACAAUUAUGAGAUUGCGUGUAGUUACGUGUGAAGCAGUUGAUGAGCUGGAUCCCAAAACUGUUAGAGUUUAUCCUGCUGGUGAUCUUGGAUUCGGAUGGGCACUUGUGCGUUCAUUCAUCAAAAAUUUCUCAUAUGCAUUCAUUUUCCCUACUUGCUGUACCAUGUAUUUUUUCCAACACAACAGAACAGCAUAUGAUCACAUCUGUGGUAGCAUAGUUGUUGAAGUGCCAAGACCAAGACGACUCAGACGUUAAGAGCUCUGUUUGUUUUUAAAAUAUGAUUUUAUACUUUUUUUUGAUUAAUUUAAUUUGUACAUUUGUUACUGCUUAGCACAAAAUUGUGACUAGGAAGUCUUCAUAAAUUUAGUUUUAUUAUUUUUUUACUGUUAACAUCCUUUUGAAGAAUUAGAUCUUUGUUAAAAGUGAGAAAUCGGAUUUCAAUUUCAGCAUACAGUUUUUCCAGUUUAUUAUGUACUUAUGAAUGAAAGCAAUGGAAAUAUUUUGCUAAAUAUUAGAUAACAUUUUAUUUAUUAAAAAAUUGGAUGGAGACUGCAUACAUCUCCUUUUCUCUUGUAAAUAAUUUUUCUCACUGAAUAUUUUUGUUUUAAAAUGGUGUUAACAUUUUCUCCUAAUUUUAUAUUAUAAUAUUCUUCAUAAUCUUGUUGUUGUGAAUUGUGUCAAUAUGAAACUACUGUCACAUAGAUAGAAUAUAAAUUUCAAAGAGAAAUGUUUGUUUAAUGUUUGCCUCCUAAUGUCAUAAGUUUUCAAUGAUAUUAUAUAAUGUGUUGAUAUUCUUAAAUAUUACUUCACACAUUUUGUAUAUUGAAGAGCUGUGAUUGCUAAUUGAUUUGAUAUCAUUGUAAAUAAAAUAAAAUUAGCCAUCAUUUUUUUUUAAGAAUGCUGAAUUUUAGAGAUCUGUAUAAGUUUUCAGAAAUCAGUAGAAAAUCAUAUUCAAUAAAUUAUUAUUAUCUCUUAAUUAAAUAUUUUUAUGCAUACUAAUAAAAUUGUUUCAUCUUGGUUGUAUAUUGAAAUAUUUACAUUUUAGUGCAAUAAUUAUUUAUGUUUUUUAAUGUUAUAUUAAUUUUUUUAAAAAAUACUGUAGCAACAACAAUUGAGUUUCGAACAAUUUCAAUUUAGUGUAUAUUGCCAUAAAAAAAUUGCACAAGAGAGCUGAUCUGUUGUAAUUUAGUGGUCCAAGUGUUGUUUGAUGUUUGAACAAUAUCAGUGUGUCAAUUUUGUAUAUGUAUAUAUAUGUAAAUAACCAAUUGGAUUUUUAUUCUAUUUUUACUGUAUUAUUUUGCUGUUAAUAUUUGUUUCAUAUAAAUUCCUGGUGUGUAAACUAUCGUUAAAUUUUUUCUUGCAUAAUGUAUGAGAAAAUUUUUCAUGCUGUAUUAAGUAGUUCCAGAUCUGUGUUGUUUUGUAUUAUAUGUUUUAAUGAAUCAUGCAUAUGUGUCAUUCUAUAGAUUUUAAUUGCUAUCUUGCCAAAAAUUGGAAUUUCAAUGGUUUAGUGUUCAAUUGGCAUUUAUUGAUUAAAUACAUUGUGGAAAAUGCUAUGUGAGCCAUUUAUUUGUUCCAGCAUUUCUUUCUUUCUUUAACCCUAGGAGAACCUUAUUUCUCAACGCAUUGA